GGUAGUCUUAUGUCCAAUGCUGAUGAAAACAUCAAGUACUAUUCGAUGGGUGAAUAUGUUGUCAUUGCUGGGUUGGCUGUUCAAAUCUUAUUCUUUGGAUUCUUUGUCAUUAUCGAAGCAACUUAUUAUUUUAGACUUCAAAGAAACAUUCAUGCCAGUCAAUACAACUCCAAGAUUAUCAAUGAAGACAUCAGAUAUUAUCCAAAAAGAUUCAUCAAUUGGAAAACCAUUCUUGUAUCGCUAUUUGUUUCUUCAAUUUUCAUCUUGAUCAGAUCUAUUUAUAGGGUCGUUGAGUUUGUUCAAGGUAACAGUGGGUAUGUCGCUAGUCAUGAAUGGUUUUUGUACUUCUUUGAUGCUGUGAUGAUGUUUCUUAGUGGAUUGUUGUUUGUUUCUCAAGACGUUUCCAAUUACUUUUUGAAAACAGUACCAUUAACAAAGAGAUUGCAAGAAUUGAAAGAAGGGGAAUCCAGCUACGAAAUGACCAACUAUGAAUGAUAUACAAAAACUUCUUCAGUGACCCAAAGAUCUGUUGUGAUUGAGAAAAAUUUAUUUAUCACCGUAUAUUGAAGUGUAGUCACGUGAUCUACUCGUUCAAUUUCCGCGAAUUCGUUUGACGAUCUUCGUAAUUGAUGCAUGGCGACGGGCGUAAUCGUUGGCCAAAGAAAAAAAAACUGUUUU